AUGCCAAAGCGUCGAGAACGGGAAGCUAAGUUGAAUGAAACUGAUGAUGAUUCUAGUGACGGUAGUGGAGAAUUGUGUAAAGUCAGGAAAGAAGAGCAGCGGUCAGCGGCAAAUCGCCGAGAGAGGACACGUAUGAGAGUUCUGAGCAAAGCGUUCGGCAAACUCAAGACGACCUUACCCUGGGUUCCGCUGGACACAAAACUUUCCAAGCUGGACACUCUUCGGUUAGCUUCAAGUUACAUAGGUCAUCUUAAUCGAAUGCUGAUCAGUGGAGAGGAUACAAUUUCAUCUCUAAAUUUCUGUCCGGAGAAUUUGUCGGACGAUGGAGGAUGGGAUAAGGCGGGGUCAGUGCUGCCCGGGCACAGGAGGGGCUCAGUCGGCGUGACCGUCGACAUUCCGCCCCGUCCACAGCAUUCCGAACAGGUUGGAUAG